AUGUUACGAACUUCAGCCAGACAGAUUGUACUAAACAUUCUUUUUUUCAGUGCAUGGUUACUGAGCCAGGAAACAUUUCUGAAUUUGGUGCUGACAUGUCUAAACGGCGAGGAACAGCAGCGUGAUGGAUUGGUCGGGUCGUUACUCAAACAAUUACAGGACUUGGCUGCAAAAGCUAAAGACAAUCCUCUGUUGCCUUACUUGCGAAAAUUUUCGCUGGAACGGGAAGGAGUGCUGUUACGUCUAUCACUGGUCGGCGGUAUGUUCGAUUCGGUAUGUCAUCCAUCGAAUUGCGAUGCUUGGGCGCUCACACUCUUCCAGCUUAUGUUAUAUGGUGUUGUUUCGAAAGAAAGAGAUAGGUGA